CUCUCUCUCUCUCCAUACUUUACCUUGUAACUCGCGAUGGAAGUUCUUAGUUAGAGUCAGUGUAACUAUUCGCAAUAUUGAAUAUUGCUUGCAAUAUUCAAAAUACAGUCCUCAUAGGAGGUAACCAGAAAUAACUUAAAGUUCACAUCUUUCGAAGAGAAUAUUAUAAAAAUGAGAUUGAUCAUUGCAAAGUUUGUCUUCACAAUCAUCAUCUUCGUUUGCUGGUCUAUAUUAUCAAUAGCAAACGUUGAUCACUUUGCCAUAGAAAAUUAUGUGAACUUCAAAUCACUUCAACCUCUAUGUAAUGAUGAUAUUUCUUUAAAAAACUUCUCAAAUGUUGUGUUCCCUGAAAUCAAGCGGGAUUUCAUCAGCAGCCCUGUGAUUACUUGUCUCAAUCUUACAGGCAAUAAUAUUGAGAAAAUUGAUAGAGGUGCCUUCGAUAGAUUACCAAAUUUAACUCAAUUGUUUCUUUCAAACAAUAAAUGGAGCAGCCCAUGUGAACUUCUUAAUUUUGGAAGUCACGAUAAGUUACAAAUGCUUAUUAUGAAUGGAAAUGCAAAGAACUGCAGCAUCGACAACUAUUACAGAUCAUCUCUACAGAUUUUCGGCGAUUAUUCUAACUUAGAAAUUUUAUCUCUAAGGGAAAAUUGUAUCAAGGAUUUUGUGCUUCACUAUAAUAUAGACUCCUAUUUUGCUCAUAUUCCGAACUUUUCGAUUAAAAGCUGGGUGCCCUUCCCCAAGUUAAAAAUUCUGGAUCUCUCCGGAAACAGGAUAUCAAGAAAUGAUAGGAUUGUAAGACUAUUGUCGAAUAGCUUAUACUUUCUUGAUCUUCAUGAUAAUUUGCUUAAUGAUUUACGCUUAAACGAAAAAGGAAACAAAUUGUUCGCACUGAAUUUGGAUAGAAAUAAUUUUAGCACUAUUAACAGUCAACACGAAUUCCAAACGACUUUAUCGAUGACUUGUCUGAAGGAUCUACACUAUCUUUCUAUUUCCAAAAACAAGAUUCAUACUAUCGAUUCAGGUGCUUUCAAAGACAAUAACAAAUUGCUCUUUUUGAAUUUAUCCUCAAAUGACCUAUAUGACCUAUAUCCGGAAACAUUUGCAAAUUUGCAGUAUUUAAAAACACUCGAUCUGAGUGAAAAUAAAUUCAAGAAUGUUCCGCAAAUUUCAAAUAAAAAAAUUAGCACUUUAUACCUUAAUAACAACUGCAUAUAUAAAAUACUCUCGCACAGUUUCACGCAUAUGCCAAAAUUGGUAAAAUUAUUAAUGAGAGAGAAUCAGAUUUAUGAAAUUGAUGUUAAUGCAUUUGCUCCUCUUAUUGUCCUAGAAGAAUUAGAUUUGUCGAGAAAUUUGUUAAGCUCUUUACCAAAAGGAUUGGCGGAAACUUUUGUAUCUUUGAAAUAUUUGGAUUUAAGUAAGAAUAGAUUCACUUCACUGAAGUCUUUGUUAAUGAAUACAUGGCCAUCGAUAAAAGUAUUAUAUUUAAUAAAAAAUCCAUUAAAAUAUCUUAAUGUUAAAUAUUUUGAAAAUUUACCGCAGAAUCUCACUAUUAACUUGAUAAAUAAUUCAAAUUUUACAACUUACGUAAACGGUAUG